AUGAACCCUUAUUACAAAUCAUCCCCCAAGGGCGGUUACAUGAAAACCAACUACCAACAAAGCUCCGCUCAGCAUGGUUUGCUGUCCCCGGAGUCCAUCACUAGCCCAUACCAAUACCAGCCGGUGUACUACGAGAAUCAGCCGCAUUCUCCUUUGUACCAAGUGCAAUAUAAGUUCAUCCCAUACCAGCAGCAACAGCAACAGCAACAGUUACAGCAGCAACAGCAGCAGCAGAACUACCUGCUCUUCCAGGCUCAACAGCUCCAGCACCCAAGCCAACAUCACCUGGGCCAUUACCUUCAGCUGCCUCCCUUGGGUCAACUUCAAGCGUCCCCAAUAAUACAUCGCUCACAGGCACCCCUUACGCCUUCACAUUCACACAGCGGUUCCGCAGCUUCCUCUUAUACCACCGAACUCCCACAGUUGCGUACAAUGUCCUCAAAUUAUCGUCUGCCUUACCAGAGGAUCUCUGGUAACUACCUGCCACCAAAACUUCAGGCAUCGAGCCAAAUUCCCAUGCAGAGUCAAGCACUCUUGGUAGAUAAUUCUCAACCCCAGGCUCUCAUGAAAGUGCAAGCGCAGGCACUUGCUCCUGAACAGCCAAAGAAUUCUACCAAGAGGCACAAGAAAUCGAAGUCCUACCCGGAGUCAAGGUACUACGACUCACUUAUACGUAGAAAGUCCACAUCUGGUAGCUCGAGUUCUGCCCCUAACUCAUCGCACUCUUCCACGAGUAACACUACCAGGAAAUCACACUAUGCUGAAGCUCCUGCCUCGGAAGACGUCAAAUUUCCUAUUUGUUCAAUGGAUCCUCUGUCGUUGAUGUCUCUUGCUCCACAAGACCAAACCAAGCUCAAGCACAUCUUCGCCAAUAUUGAAGUGAAGAAAUACUCAACAUCUGCUAUUGAUCCUUUGAGAAACUAUUUAACCGUUUACGAGUAUGUUUUGAAUAAGCACUGGGUGAUUUGGGAUUACGAAACAGGGUUUGUUCAUUUGACGGGGAUAUGGAAGGCAUCUAUAAGUGAAAGCAGUGAUAAUUUAAGCAACCCUAGUGGCAGCAGCGGUGAUCACCCUAAGUCUCACUUCAAAGCCGACAUUGUUAAACUUUUGGAAACCACUCCUAAGGAGUAUCAGCAACACAUUAAGCGGAUCAGAGGUGGAUUUUUAAAGAUACAAGGUACCUGGUUACCCUAUGACUUGUGCAAGAUUGUCGCGAGAAAGUUCUGUUAUCACAUUAGAUUUGAAUUGAUCCCGAUCUUUGGGCAAGAAUUCCCCGAGAGCUGCUUGACCCCCGAUGAUCCUGGCUUCGGGAAGUUGAGAUUGGAUGAAUCGUUUGAAAUAAAAGACAAAAGAAAGAGAAGCAGUAGUCAACUGGGACAAGAGAAGAAUAAACUGAGCGGCUCCACCAUAAAGGAAAGCGCUGAGUCGCUUACACCAACAGCGAAUAGGCCAGCAGUAGGGACCUUCACUUCGAUGGACAUUUCCCCUAAAAGUGAAGCCCCUCCUUAUUCAUCUAGUAGAUAUACAUUUGCCAGUAGACCUCCACUCCAGGCAUUGUCUACCGAACAUAGUUCCAUAUCUGGUCCUAAUUCUAGUGAUUCUUUGAAUAAUGUUUUUUCGAGUAAUACAUCAUACACCGAGAUGCUUGAUAUUGUGACAGCCUCUAAAUGUCUCCAGUCCUUGAGAAGCGGAUGCCACCCUUCGGAGCAGCAAGUCUCAUAUACGAUGGAAAACAGUCGUUCUAUAAAGGACAAAGAAACUACUCAGCUUCCAGAGAGUGGUACAGGUACCAGCUCUGGUACUGGAAGCACAUCCUCUCUCACGUCUCCAUUGUCUACGACUGCUACCACAUCGCCAGCCACAUUUGUGUUGGGAAGAGGUAUUUCAACGAUACUAAAGGCUGCUAACUUGAGAGAAGAUCACGGAGAAAACGAAAGAGAGCAAAUCCAAGAUCAGGGUAAGAGAAGAAUCAGCUUGAAAAUUCAUGAUUUGAUAUCAUGA